AUUCCUUUCCAUACCGGAAACAAAUCAAUUCUCUUCCAAAGCAAUCUGUUGUCUUCUGGUCUCUCUCUCUCUUUCUCUCUCUCUCUCUCAACAUGCUCUUGAAUAUAUGCACAGCCCUCUUCGUAACCAGACUGAGUCUCUUAUCUUUCUCUUUUGUUUAGUUUUUUUUCUUUAACAUAAUCUUGAUUUGUCAUAUCUUUUCUCUUCUUUUAUCCGAAAACGUAAGGAUGACUGGUGUAUCAGAUGGAGAAAGUGUCUCUCUCGAUCUUCUCAAGAAGAAAAUGGCUGAGUUUGCUCAGGAAAGAGACUGGGAUCGCUUUCAUAGCCCCAGAAAUCUACUUUUGGCUCUGGUGGGUGAAGUUGGAGAACUAUCAGAGAUAUUUCAGUGGAAAGGAGAAGUGCCAAAGGGACUCCCUGAUUGGAAAGAAGAAGAGAAACUGCACCUUGGGGAAGAGCUCUCUGAUGUUCUGCUGUAUCUUGUCAGGCUUUCUGAUAUAUGUGGAAUUGACUUAGGCAAAGCUGCCCUGAGAAAAGUAGAACUGAAUGCCAUCAAGUACCCAGUAAGCAUGUGCAAAGGGUCUUCCAAGAAAUACAACAGCAAUAGUAAUAAUAGCACUCAUAACUGAGAAUAGACCAGUUGACUGUAUUUUUUGGCCUGCUGCCCUGAAACACAACUACAGCUUCAAGACUUUUUGGGCCAUUUUGUCGAGUUUGUGCCUUGUUUGUUUGGGAAAUGGACAAGUGUUUUAGGUAAUUAGUAGGGUUUUUGAUGGGUAUGGUUGUUUGGGGGUGGUGGUGGUGGUUGGUUUAGCAUAGAAGUGGCAAACUAGCAAUUAGCAAGCAAGUGUAGGAGUGAGUAGACUGCAUGGAGGCUAGUAUGGGUGGCUUUAUUUUUGGCAUUUAUUCUUGCAGAUUUUUUAUUUGCUGUUUUAGCUUUGAGUCAAAUCCCUCUUGACAGAUAAGGUAGUGAAACAUAUACAUAUAUUUGUGAGAAUUAUGAGCAAAUAGACUAAAACAAAUAAAUAAAUAAAUUUUAUGCCA